CGGGGGAAUCUUUGUCAGCCUUCUCGUCUGAUCGGUGUUAACACUUCCAGCUCCCUCUCAGCUUUGCCAGAUCUGCACCUGAGCUGCUGUUGCCUGUCUCCUUAAUCCCAGUUUUCGCUCUGUCAACCAAUCAGAAUUUGCAGCUGCAAUGUAAAAACAAAUCAAGGGUUUAACCUGGAUUAUAAUGCUAUGCGCCGUGUGUAUGUGUGUUAUUUGAUUGUUUUAGGCUGCCUGUUCAGCAAUUCGUGAAACUAGGACCUGGCUUAGUGAAAGUUUCCCUCCCACUUUGGGCCAGAAUCCAGCUGCUCUGCCAGCGGCUUGGUCCCUGCUCUCACUUCGCUCGGCCGCCUGCAGAGGAGUGGGAAGCAGAUGGUUUCGCCGGUCUCCUUGGGGCUCGCUGCUCUGGCCGGAGUCUUGCUGUGCCUGGCCACGCAGCUCCUGCAGUCAGCCGAAGUGGCGAGGCUCAGGAGGGAGCUGGAGGGGCUAAGGGCGGAGUGCGGUGACCAGGGCGACGGCAGGUCACUGGAUGUCUCCCCUGCACUGGGUAACAAGAGGUCACCUAGCAACACCUUGCCCGCAACUCCACACUGGGACCCACUGCAUCCUGCCCAUUUCCACCACAGGGAACCAGAGCGACAAACUCUCCGUGUGGAACGAGACUCCGGGAGCAAACUGAGGCACAGGCAGAGAAGAAGAAACUCAUUGAUUCACCUAGCACCAACCUCUUAUCAAUCAGAGGGUGACAAUACCAUUAUUCACUGGCAGAAGAUCAUACAUACCGGGCAAUCCUUCGAACAGAACAACAGUACAAUUGCCAUUAAAGGGAAUGGUUACUAUCUUAUUUACACUCAGGUCCUGUAUAAGGACCGGACGUUUGUCAUGGGUCAUGUCGUAAAAAGAAAGGAACAGAACAGGCAGAAAGAGGAAGAGACCCUGCUCAGAUGCACACAGAAUAUGCCUGAGGAACAGCCUUUCAACACCUGCUACAGUGCAGGUAUCUACAAGCUACAGAAAGGGGACAUCAUAGAACUGGUGAUUCCUCGGAAUUCUGCGACCAUUGUCAUGGAGAAAGAUUCGACUUUCAUGGGAUUGAUGAAAGUGUGACCUAACCAUAGAGUCAUAGAGAUGUACAGCAUGGAAACAGACCCUUCGGUCCAACCUGUCUAUGCCGACCAGAUAUCC